AUGUCUUCUGAUAGUAAUGCUACUGGUAGUGGUACCGGUAUUGGUGCUGGCGCUGCUGCUCCUGCUGUCAAUAGCAGUUCACCCAACAAUAGUAAGAAACAGAAGAUGUCUCCUCCCUUGGAAUCUCUUCUGGGGGUUGAUGGUGAACUUUGGAUUGGCCAGAUUCUAUCAUGUGUGGGUGUUGGACAGUACGCUUUUGUGGGAGCUGUCAACAAGAAGAUGAAUCAACUGUACAAAGAGUACUGCAAAAUUGAACUCGAGAAGAAUCCUCGAAAGGUAAAAAUUAACCCGGAGGAAGACCCAGAUGAUGACAACUGUCGCUCUGCAGAAAGCACCAACACUCUGUACAGUGAAACAUUCUCUAAUCAGCAGCGCACAGAAUUCUGGCACAAGGACAAUUCCACCAACAAAAGACCUGCUCGUGCUCAUGUCUGCACUGCCAUUGCCACAGUUGGAAAUCUUGCUGUCAUACAGUGGGCACGCCGACAAGGAUUCCCAUUGAACGAGCAGACAUGUGCUGGAGCUGCUAAAAAUGGCCAUUUGAAAAUGCUCCAAUGGUUAAGAGAGAAUGGUUGUCCAUGGAAUACAGAGACAUGCUCAAAUGCUGCUGAAGGUGGCCAUUUGGAAAUUCUGAAGUGGGCUCGAGAAAAUGGGUGUCCAUGGAAUCGAUCGACAUGUGCCCAUGCUGCUCGAAACGGACAUUGGGAAAUUGUAAAGUGGGGCCGAGAAAAUGGUUGUCCAUGGGAUGAAGAGACAUGCCGGUUUGCUGCUGAAAAUGGCCAUUUCGAGAUUCUGAAGUGGGCUCGUGCAAAUGGUUGUCCAUGGAAUAAGUGGACAUGUGCUGGAGCAGCUGAAGGUGGACAUUUGGAAGCUCUCCAAUGGAUGCAUGAAAAUGGGUGUCCAUGGGAUGUGUGGACAUGUGCCUUUGCUGCUCAAAAUGGCCAUUUGGAACUUUUAAAGUGGGCUCAUGAAAAUGGGUGUCCAUGGGAUGAACAGACAUGUACCCAUGCUGCUCUAGAUGGCCAUUUGAAAGUUGUAAAGUGGGCUCAUGAUAAUGGGUGUCCCUGGGAUGAACAGACAUGUGCCCAUGCUGCUCUAAAUGGCCAUUUGGAACUUAUAAAGUGGGCUCGUGAAAAUGAUUGUCAAUGGGAUGAAGAGACGUGCUCAAAUGCUGCUCUAAAUGGCCAUUUGGAGAUUUUAAAGUGGGCUCGUGAAGAUGAGUGUCCAUGGAAUCGUUGGACAUGUGCUUUUGCUGCUCGAAACGGACAUUUGGAAACUCUAAAGUGGGCCCAUUUAAAUGGUUGUCCAUGGGAUGAAGAUACAUAUCGAGUUGCCAGCGUGAAUGACCAAAGGGAAGUGAUCCAGUGGCUGCGCGACAAUGGCUGCCCUGGAUCUCACCAUAAUGAAGGGCACUAA